AUGCACAAGCUACCUGAAGUCACGACACUCGCAGGAAUCAUGGGCAUCUCGCAACACUGGGAUUUUAGACUUAAAUGGGCAAUCUCGCUACCGUUUUUUAUGGACGAGCUCUUGGCCUUUUCUGCCAUGCACCUGAGCAGCCUGCAGCAUAACCCUGCCCUCAAGACGGCAUAUCUCCUCCAGGCGACUGAGCUGCAGACACGUUCGCUGGCCGGCUUCCAUACGGCUAUAACAGACAUUCGAGAUGAAAACUGCACAGCGCUAUUCUGCUUUUCCCUCAUGAUAGGGAUGCAUACGCUGUAUAACGCGGCAUGCAAAAAGGGCUACUUUAGCGAACAUAUCGAUGGAUUUAUACAGUUCCUAGAGGUUCACCGCGGAGUGCGCGCAGUUUCUAGUCAGAAGUGGGACAUCAUCGGUAACUCUGAAAUGAGGCCAAUGGCCGAACUGAUGGGGAUAUUCAUCACCGCGCAGUGCCAACCUGAGACAACCCCAGAGCCCGGGGCUCACAGCAGCGUGGUUGACUGCAACCAGCUCGAGGACUUAAUCACCAGCUCCCAUGGGAGGCUUUGCUCUGGCCCCUACAGCACCUGCCUGAAGGCAGUGCAGUCUCUUCGACAGUUAUGUGAUCAGAGCAUGCGCAUGGGGAAGCCAAGCUCAACAUACAUUCUUUUGAACUGGGCUCAUGAGGUCCCGUCUGGAUAUCCUGAUCUGCUAAGGCAGAGAAGCCCAGAAGCUCUGAUUAUACUGGCGCAUUGGGCCUGGUUACUACAUCAGGAGUCCGACUUUUGGGCAUAUGGGUCAGCUGGUCGAAAUCUGAUUGAAGCCAUCGCUGAGCAUUUGGGGUCAUAUUGGGCUAGAUGGCUAUCCAAAUUGACAAACGCUUUAAAAAAUGAAGACACAUGA